GUCGAUUGUGAGAGAAUUCGGACUUUGAGCCUAGGCCCGGGUAAGCAAGCUGACUCAGGGGCUAUACCCCAAACUUUGCGACAUAUUCCGCCUAUUAUUUAUUUCCAACAACUCAGCCCACUUUCUUCCCCGCCUUCCCCACUCCCGUCGCCAUGCUGUCUUUCCCCGUCGCCAGACCGCGUUCAGCGACGGUGACGGCGACGACGUCCAGGAGACUCCUCUCGUCAACGAACCGUGAACGGGACCUCACGUCCAGGGGAAAGACGCUCCGGAUGCUCAUGUUUGGCAAGCCGGGAGCUGGGAAAGGCACCCUCUCAGCGCGUCUGGUGAAAAAGUACGAUAUAUUGUCUAUCUCGACAGGAGAUCUGUUGAGACAGCAUAUCCAGGAGAGAACCGAGGUCGGUCGACAGGCAGAAGACAUUGUUGCACAGGGUGGAUUGCUCCCCGACGAAGUUAUGCUCAGGGUCGUCACUACCAAGCUGGAUCUUCUGCAUAACAGGCACUGGAUACUGGAUGGCUUCCCACGAACGCUAGGCCAGGGCGAACUUCUAGAUGCCCAUCUCAAAAAACAAGGAACACCAUUGAGCCUCGUCGUCAACCUCGAUGUCCCUGACCAGGUCAUUCUUAGCCGCAUUUCUGACCGUUGGGUGCACUUGCCAUCCGGACGCGUCUACAACAUGUCAUACAACCGACCCAAGGUUGACGGUCUUGAUGACGAAACUGGGGAACCCCUUACCAAAAGGCCGGAUGAUAAUCCCGAAAUCUUCGCAAGGCGGCUAGACAAGUUCUACUCCACUACUUCCCCCCUUUUAUCGUAUUACACCACAUGUGCGACUAACUCCGAGCCUGCGCGGAAUUCACAUCAGCACCCGCACCAACUCUCGUUCCCAGUGAGGCCGCAGCAUCAACUCGUGCUCAAGACAAUCUCGGGAAAGACGUCUGAUGAAAUUUGGCCUCAGCUAGAUUCAGUGCUUAAGACGGCCUUUCCCAGUAUCAGCGAAAGGGCGGAGGUGAAGCGGAGGCAUAGUCUUACUGAGGCUAUGUUAGGGGACGGGCGCCAGGUUGCGGGGAGCCAGAUGGAGUAGUUUUUUGUUUUAUAGGAUGUUUGAGUCACUGUAUUUGUUACUGCCGCGAUGCUUGGGCUUAGUUCUUUUUUUCAUUUGCCUGUAUUUUUCGAUGCAAUGAUAUAUCCUUUUAUACACUGCU